UCUGAAUAAGGCAUUCGAAUCAUCUAUAGGCGGAGGGAUAUUUGAGAAUUGCGUUGCUCAAAUAUGAGUGAGGAUAAGUCGGACGAUGUUUUGCGACAUUUUAUCAAACAUACUGAGAAAUCAAAUGUAAGAAGGUCGAUCAUUGUUAAAGCAACAAAGAGAAAAGCGUCCAUGAUUGCACUAGCCGCAUUCGGUUUUGCUUGUGCAAGUUAUGUCUACUCUUUGUAUGCUAUAAACCGAAACCGAGAGCUUGGUGCUUCAUUCGAUCAACAGCCUUCAUAUACCUCUUCAGAGUGAUUUAGCGAGCUUUAAUAUCAUCUGAUGCUAAUGUGUACUCGGGAAGUUAUCUAUAUUUGUACCUCAUCCUUAGUAAUCGGUUAAAUAUACAUAUAUUCAUAAAUAUUCGAUCGUUAUUCUCCCUGUGUUUACUGUCUCCGUUGCUUCAUAUCAUAUCAUUCAUAUCAUUUAAGAGUGGGCUUAGAAUAAUUCUAAGACGGAGAAAACGUGUGACAUCCUCAAAUAGUUUUCUAGUCGUAAUAAUGAUGCGAGGGCUUUGUAUUCAUUAAUGAGUGUAAGAGAACCUUGAAUUGUGAAGUUAUCUAGGCUAUAUUUAUAUCAACCGUUUUAACGCUUAUAGAUCUGACUAGAACGUACAUGUUUAUAAAGUUGGUGACGCAGACGAUUUGUCUUAAGGGCUGAUAACCCGAAAAAUUCCAGGCUGGUAUACAAGUUACAUGUAGUGACUCAUAAACCAACUUGUGUUCAUUUUCAUCCAUUUUCAGUACAUUCUAAUUAUAUUUAGCUGCAUAUAUAUAAGGCAUUUGUGUGUUUUCUGACGGAAUUUAUAAAACAUUUAUUGGAGAAACAUUUCACUGUAAUUUUUCGGGAUAUCAUGAAGCAAUUCUAUUACUCAACUAGUGCAUGUCGACGCAAGAAAAGAGCCUUUGGCUGUCAUAUUUGUUGACGCUCCUGAAGUAAUGAAAGAUCAUUCGUAUCAAUUGAGAACGCAUUGAUUAAUGGCCAAGAUUAAAAUGAAUUAAAACACCAGUUUAAUAUGGUCGCUAGGACUUAUUCCAUACAAAAGAAAUAAAAAACUUCUUUGUUAUUUUUAGUCGUUAGGUAAGUUCUCAACACAGUAUUUUGUGUGUUACUCGUGUUAAGUAAGGAGUAUAAUAUUCUAUGUCGUUAACUUCCUAUCUGGUUUGUACUGAUCGACAGAUUCACCACGUUGUUAGGUGUAUGAUGAUGUAUUAAGUUGAGAUCCAGUAACUUUAAAAUUGUAAGUUCCGUAACCAGUCGUAACGGAGAAGCGGUCGAGUGUUAGUGGAAAUUUGAAAUAUUUAGUGUGGUAUGUUUUAAUUGUAUUUUUAUACCUUUAUGCCUUUAGUGAUUUUUAUUUCUCUUCCUUUUUAUCGGUUUAACUCACUACCAACUUAUAUUAUUCAUUGGAAUCCUCCUCUGAAUAAUGAUUCUGUAGUAAGUAUAGAACAUUUGAUUAUUUUAAACUUUUAACGCUUUAGGCACGAAACUCAUUGUUCACUUAUAAUUUAAAGCAAUUAAUCAGGAAGACGAAAAUGUUAUGCAUUUUCAUACGUUUCUAACAGUCUGAUCACAUACUUUUCAAAGCUCUUAUAUACGAAAACUGAUGAAGUUUGAAGGGGAUAAUUGGGAAUAAAAGAGAAAAGAAAAUAAUACAAUAUAGAAAGCAUUGACAGUUAACAUACUACCCUAGACCAUAAAAUGCUUUGAAAAUUACCAGAGGAAAUUUAAGGUUACAACCACUUGUUUUUUUUGUAUAUAGAGAUUUUUGUUGGCGAUAAAGACUUCUAGAAACCUAAGAAUCCACUCUUGACGUUUCAGAAGCUUUGUUAAGGUCAGUCCUAUGACCCAUUCCAAUUGCUUGUUUUGAUGGCGAUGAACCUGGUUCCCUACCGCUGAUGUUCAUCGGAGCGUUCGACACACAUAACAAUAAAAAUAAGUUCAAACUUGUUUUGAUUACUUUCAUUUUACGUAGAUUAUGUGGACAAAUUUCGUGUUUAUAGUAUGAUAAUCUCGCAAACAGAUUAACCAUGCGAUCCCAGUAGAACAGAAGGUGAAAACAAGCCAUAAAAUCGGAUAUAACAAAAGCCUAUCGACACCUUGACUUUUUUGGUCUGCUUUGUUCAAUUUUAUUUUGUAUUGUGGCUAUAAAUUGACUGAUCUCCAUUUUUGUUUAAAACAUUCAGUGUAAACGUGCCAGAUUCAUAUGAUUAAAUUCUAACGGUUUUUAAGCCUUAUCAGUCAAUUAGCAAAACUGAGUGUCAUAACUUUCAGUUUGGGCUAUAGAGAUCGUUGAAUUUCAUUGAAAUCAUGAACCGAUCAGUGUUAGACCACCAUUGAGAACCUGGAAGUACUGGACGGUCAUUUCAUCCUAAUGUGGGACUCUUCGGAAAUGCGCCCCCAUGAUCCUGCACGCGGAAUUUAAGCCCAGGAACUCCGCUCUCGCUCUGGAAGCCUUGGUUAUACGGAAGUUGAAACCCCCUUUAUGUGUUCAAAAACAAUUUGUCCUUACACUUAACCUACCAUGGUAAUACUGAUUUAUUAUGCAGAGUGCUAAUCACAUUAGUUUUUGUGUACUUUAAUAUUUUUCCUUUGUUAUGACUUACCCUUAACCUGUCUGGUUGACCUUUUAAUUUUCAUAUGUAAAUGUUCUUAACAAUUAUAUAUGUGAUCUGAUUGUUCGGAAUGUAUUGCGCAAAUAUAUCACAUAAUUCUGAUAAAUUUCGUCUUAUCAUUGCAUUAUC